CUUGUGUCUGCCGUGGCACAAACAUCUGGCCCCCUCUACCCGACUUCCUGCCGCGUCCAAGAAGUGAUGUGCUUAAGCCUGGGCCUGAGGCUACGACAUGGGCAGUGGCGGCAUCGCUGAGUUGCCAUCGCCGAUGCAAUGGCUGUUGUCGCUAGACUGCCACUGCAUCAAGCGCGUCAAGGAGAACAAGACACGGCCAGCCCCCCACGCCGGCCCAUGCACAGGAUGGGGGGGAAUAGAGGGAGAUGCGGUCCCGAGAAUGGCACGGCCGGGGAAUGCGAAAAUCUGCAUCUCCAACCCCCCUUUCAGCCUACAAGCCAUUUUAUGAGUAACAGAUUGGACCCCGAAUCUGCUGGCUGGCGAUCGCCUCGCAGCCCCGCCAAAUGCUGCCCCUCUGCUCCGAUUGCCGGCGGGCCAGCCAGAGGGCGCCCUCAACAUGCGGCUCUACGCUUAAAACCUCGCCCGACUUCUGGAACCCCACCACUGGCGUCUUUGCAACAGCCAGAGACUCUCUCUCUGCCUCCCGACUUCAGCAUUGCCCCUUGAGCUAGUCGCCUGAUCGCGUGCUCCCGUGGCCUCCCAGCACGACUUGAAAGCGCCCCCAGACACUCGUUCUUGUCCAGAGAACCCUAGGCACCGCUUCCAAACAAACCUCCACCGCCAGCCAAGGCACGCC